AGUUAAAGGUCAUUUAACCCCUUCCCUAAUAAAAGUUUGAAUCACCCCCGUUUUCCCAUUAAAAAAAAACUGUGUAAAUAAAAAUAAACAUAUGUGGUAUCGCCACGUGCGUAAAUGUCCGAACUAUAAAAAUAUAUCGUUAAUUAAACUGGCGUAUGCGCAAAAAAAUUCCAAAGUCCAAAAUAGCGUAUUUUUGGUCACUUUUUAUAUCAUGAAAAAAUUUAUAAAAAGCGAUCAAAAAGUCCGAUCAAUGCAAAAAUGGUACCGAUAAAAACUUCAGAACAAGGCGCAAAAAAUGAGCCCUCAUACCAGCCCGUACGCGGAAAAAUAAAAAGUUAUAGGGGUUAGAAGAUGAGAAUUUUUUAUGUAUAAAUUUUCCUGCAUGUAGUUAUGAUUUUUUUCCGAAGUUCGACAAAAUCAAACCUAUAUAAGUAGGGUAUCAUUUUAACCGUAUGGACCUACAGAAUAAAGAGAAGAUGUCAUUUUUACAGAAGAAUGUACUGUGUAGAAACGGAAGCCCCCAAAUACAAAAUUAAAUUUUUUCUUCAAUCUUGAAUUUUUUUUCCGUUUCGCCGUGGUUUUUUUGGUAAAAUGACUAAUGUCACUGCAGAGUAGAAUUGGUGGCACAAAAAAUAAGUCAUCAUAUGGAAUUUUAUGUGCAAAAUUGAAAGCGUUAUGAUUUUUAGAAGGUGAUGAGGAAAAAAUGAAAAUGCGAAAACAGAAAAACCCUGCGUCCUUAAGGGGUUAAAGUCAGUUCCCACCCUAGUGACUGACCUAUCAUGGAUGACAGUCGCAAUCUCUGCAUACAAUACCUCCACAUUGGAGAUAGAUAACAUAGUGCUGACCGGAAGGUAACACGUUCACCCCCUGAGGUGUCAGACUGGCCCCCAUUACACAUGUGUAUGAGCAGCCAUCUUGGCCAGAGAAGUAAACAUGCCCGCCCUUAUAUGAGCACAGUGUAUAGCGGAGGUGGUGAUGCUAUUUCUGUAUCCGUACUGUAUACACUCCCAGACGCGGUCAGUCACUGUUGGGCAAUGCCCUGAAUUCCGUGACAGGACCCAGCUCAAGCCGCCCGACUCACCCGCCCAUAUCUUGGCGCCGCGCCCACUCCAUGCAGCCAGCCGCCCGGGAUGCCGGGGUGCCUGCCGGCUCGCUAUCGUCUCCGGGACCUGCUGUUCUCGGUAUGUGGGGCAGUCGCCUUCCUGGCGGACCUGGGCUCUGACGUGUGGAGCACAGACCAGUACUACAAGGCGGGGGACACGGCCUGGGCCGUCUUGUAUAUCGGCCUGUACGUGCUCUCCUCUAUCGUGCUGCAGCUGCUCAGCUGGGGCUGGUUCUGGGUGGACUGGCAGGACUGGAAGGUUCAAGAGAGGGCACCAGAGACUGCCAGCGGUGCCGUAAAGCACGAUGCCACAGGUAGAGAUGCGCAGAGCUCUGGAGAUGAUACUUUUCAGACAUCCAUCAACGUGAACGGCAAUGGGCAUACUGGGCACCACAAUGAGAAUGGCACCAAACCCCCAGAGGAUGCCAGUAUCGUCACCAACAUGGACACAGCUGCCAGUGUUAUGGAUGCAAAGCCUAUACAGGUGCCAGACCAAUAUGACCCUAUAGUUUGUCUCCCUGAAGCAGCCACAACUUCUGAAGACCCCACUGCCGAGGAGGAGUUGAUUAUCAGGCGCUUCUGUACCUCCAAGAUCAUAUUAUGGCCCUCAUGCUUUACCCUGCUGCACUUUCUCCAGCUGGGGUACCCGCUCAGGUGCAUACAUUCACUCGAAGUGGGCCUCGCUGCAUACAGAAACCCAAAGGAUGACAUGUUCAAGAAUUAUGCUUACUUCGUCACCCAUGACAUCAGCAUGAUGCGGCUUAUUGAGACUUUUCUUGAAAACACACCUCAGCUCAUACUUGUGCUGUAUAUAGUCAUACAGAGAGAAGCUAUACAGACAUUUCAAUAUUUCAGCAUCUCAAUAUCCUUUAUCUGUAUCAGCUGGGCAAUUUUAGACUACCACCAAUCACUGAGAAUGUCCCUGAAGAUAAAACGGAAGCUAAGCAACUUCUCUUCAGCCGUCUACUACUCCUGGAACUUCUGCCUCAUUUCAUCACGCAUCCUGUGCAUAACACUCUUUACAGUUGUUUUCCAUUGGUUAAUUGCUCUGCACUUUCUUGGCAUUUGGCUUGUUUUCUUUUCAUGGGCCUUUCUCCAGAAGACAACAUUUAUGAAGCACAAACACCUAGAAAUUGUCUACAGGGCUACAGUGGCCAUAAUUCUUUACUUCUCCUGGUUUAACAUUGCUGAUAGGAGAACAGUCUACAGGAGUAUUUUCUACCAUGGAUUUAUUAUCUUAGACAGUGUGAUCCUUAUUGUCUCUUGGAAAAUAAAUAAGUUUCCAUCCAUUUUGGAUGAGUAUGAAACACAUAUUAUUGUAACUAACAUAGUAUUUAUUACUGUAGGUCUUUGUUUGAGGUUGCUUUAUUACCAUUGUCUACACCCCAAUGUUUGCAGUGAGACAAAACAGUAUUUUGAUGUACCAGAUGGCACAAAUAUGUUUCUGACAAAACUUAAGACUAGGAAAAUGACUAAUUAUAGAAUGGCAUAUUUAGCUCUGCAAUUAUCCUAGGAAAGCUGGUCUUUUCCACUUAUGCCUUUAUGAAAUAGAUGCAGAAAAUGUUACCCAUGGGGGAGUAUAUGGAGGGAAAAAAUGCGUUUCACUUUAUUAAUGUCAUGUGCCAAAAUUUCCCUUUUUUCCCCUCCUCUCAGGUCGACACUUUCAGCUAGUUUUCUAAAGAGUAGUUGUGGUUUUUAAUCUUUGCACAGUCCUUUUUGAAAAUUGUUUACCGUUUUUGGUACCUUUUCACUUUUAACAGAGAUAAAAUAAGGAAACCGCUAACAUGUAUAAAGCCCUUUCAUUAAGAUGGGGUUAAACGCAAAAAGAAAAAUUUUUUUUUUUUUUUUUAGAGAGGAUGGAAAAAUAGUAAAUGAGGGCCGUUGUGAUCGUAGGCAUGCUGUGGCUUUUCAGAUCUACAGCAAGCUCUGUUGCAAAAAUUCUGUAAAAACAGCACAUUUUAUUUAUCGUAAUGCAACAACAACAAAAAAAACCUACUAAAUUAGCAUGUAACACAUUUGAUUAUUUCCAUUCUGAAAUUAUCCUCCUUUAAAAAGUAUGUUACAAUGUGUCUCUGGUUGCAUCACAUUAGUCUUCUGGUACUUCUCAGAAAUUCUGUGGUUAGCAACAGCAGGUGCAACUUGAUGUUCAGUACAACACUAUCCCCUAUUGACAUACGGUAGUUGUGAAUGUAGUGCACAUACGUCUAUACUAACUUAUAACACUAGUAAACAUGAAAAAACAUGAAUGUGCACACGACCACCUACAGUAAAAUAUAAAAGGUCAGAUGUCAAACUGCUUGUUGAAUUGUUUGACUACCAGAAAAACCAUUGCAAGGACUUGCUCAAAUAAAUGUAGAAGAUAACCUACAUAUGCAGACCAAUAGUACACAAUAGUAUUAAAAUUCUUAGUCACACAUUAAAAGGGUCUUUCGUCAUACAGUGUUAUGGCAUAUCCCUAUAAUGACCUCUGUGACCCAUUUUUUCCCCUGCAUAUCACUUCUGUCUCACUGUUGUGUUGGAAAUGGAAAAGAUAGCUACACUU